GCCCGCGACCCUAGUGAGGAGAAGCGGCUCAGAAAAUGGAUGGAUGGAUGGAUGGAUGCCUCCAAAAAUGUCAUGAACAUGGUUAGGGCGACGGCGAGGAACGCAAGGCAAGAAGAUGGUGGACCCAAUUGCAGGGAAGCAGGGAGGCAAGGCAGGAGUGCGGGAAUCUCAAAAUAAUAAUAUUUAAUCACAAUGAUAAAACAACUGGCGACUAUGACAAAAACAACUGGCGACUAUGACAUGGCAAGACAUGUGACAACGACAAUGAACCGACAAGGACUGAAAGAAACCAGGGAACUAAAUACAAACAAAUUGACGAGACAACGAGGAACACCUGGACAAGACACGAGUGGCUGGAGAGAGCUGAUUGGUCGACACAAAGUAGACGAGAACAGGUGGACACAACAACCUAAUGAGCACACGACAAACAUGGAACACAGGAAAACAUGGAACAAAACUAAACACAACCCAAACCAAAACACAGACCAUGACAAAAAACUGCAAAGCCUUAGCAGUCAAAUGCUGAUGGCUUCAGUCUGACUGAUACCUGAACCGAAAAAGUGUCUUGUGACUUUUGGGAUGUGCUGUAAAAAUUGAAACGAGCAGCCGUUGUCCUGUUACUCUGAAUUGCCUUUACUUCUAAAAGUAAAGUCAUAUUUAGAGGCUCAAUAUUGUAAAUUACAUAAGCUCCUCUUGCUUGAAUAAUAGUUUGUUUUACCUUUUGUGUAAAAGACUACUGGCUGGGCUUGGAACUGCAUGCCACAUACGCAUGUGAAAAGAGUCCAGUAAAUCUUUUAUUGGAUUUGGUUUUCUCAUGAGAUUUUAGGGAUGUUAUCGGAAUAUCACAAUUCAAUGAAUGCAACAACAGGGCUUGUUUCCUUGAUUUAAAUCAGUGUUGUGCACCGUGUAUGUACAUCCACCUCAUGUCAAUAGUGACCCCCAACAGCACUGAAGCCAUUUAUUUUUAAUCCUUUAAUAAUUGUCCUUGUGUAUGUUUUGACAAUCUAAAAGGCUGGAUUCAUCUGCACAAGCUUUAUAUGAAUCCUUUCUGAGCAGCUCUCCCCUCAGGCUGCACAAACAAGACGGAAUAUAUUGACAAAAAGGGUGGGGAGUGCAUGUGGUUGUUAUUCAAAACAGCAGAAGAGCUGUUGAGCCUGCCAAAGAGAGAUGCAGUGUGCAUAGCGGUUUUCCCCAUUCUUCGUCAGUAUCGAUACAGACACCCACCCACAUUGCUGGCGUCCUUGCGUUAUCAUAAAAUGGAGGCCAGUCAAAUAUUAAUGAAAAGCCGCUGUCGAAAAAAAGGAUGAGCUUAUCGGGUCCCCACCCCCACCCUUAAAAUGACUCAAACCCCACCUUGGUUUACAGUACCAGCCUCCUCCAUCCCUGCCUGUUUGUGCAAGGUGUUAAUAGUUAACCAGAUCCAUAAAUACUGUCUCCCGCUGACUACCUAGUCCUAGACACUGCAUCGAUGGAACGUUCUUCACUUGAUUUAUUGGAGGACAAUGCAUUGAAUGAGCUUUGAAUAAAGGGCCACUCAGAGCUGUGGCGCCGCAAGUCAUCACCAAGGAAAACUUAUCCUGUCGGCACGAGUUCAACUUAAAUUUUCAACCACAUGAUAGAAAGGCAUUCUAAUUGAGAGACGGUUUUUUUUAUGUGUAUAAGCAGCACUUUUCCAUCAUUUUUUGCUAAUACGAUUUCAGUCCUCAAAGAGUUUUUUAAAGGUUAUAUUGGGCAGCAGCAGGAAGUCACAGUUAAAGUCUUUGGAAUGAAGGUGUAGACUCACACUGCCGUGGUCUCCAUCAGAAUGCUUGCCUUCUAGAUUCUUGGGAAUAUUUUUAGUCAAGUGUUGCAGGAAGUUAUGCAUACUAAUUGUAUUUGUAGUGCCGUCAAAAUAGAACCUGCAAGCUCUGCAUCGUUCUGGCCCGCUGAGCUGUAACAUAAGGGGAUCAUGUAUUGUGUCGACAUGAGUGGCCUCGAUACUAAAGCCAGAGUGAGCAAGGAGGAGACUCCCUAAAGCUUACAAUACAUUGCUAGUUUUUUCAUGAGCUGUUUGAUUGGCGCAGUAACCUUAUCUGGCUUUUGACACAAUCAACUCAAAUAUAAAAAAAAAAUAAUAAUUAAAUGUAUUGGUAAACAUGGAUUGUGUGCAUCAAUCACUGUUCAUAAAAAAAUGUUAAUGAGCCUAACUUUGCCAAAUGGCUAAUUUUCAUCAGCAGUCCCUGUGCCAAAUGGUGAUACCCAACCAGAAACUGAGAAAUAAACUGCAGCUAUGAGCAUAUAACAACAUGAUAGUUAAAUCAAACUUACAUCACAGUUAGAUAAAUCCGUUCUUGAUUUCUUGUAAUUUCAUCCCUAAGUAUAGAAUUGUUAUUAAUGGUGAAAAUAUUGGUUCUCUGCAAGCCAAUUCUUAGCAUUGUGUAUAAAAUCCAAACAAACUGAUUCCAAAACUUUCUAUACACCCACUGAUAUCAAUCCCAUGUCAUCGCUUUUGUCCAAGUUGUCCACUCAAUUGGCUGCACAAUUAAGUAAGAUUAUUAACAGUCUAUAAAAAUAAGUUAGCCUCUGGUAACAGUUAAAAAAAAUUAUAGUACUCUUAACUUUAAUGAUGAAUAAUAAAGGAAUAAUGUGAAGGUGAGUUGUGGCAAAAUGUUAAAACUGUCAAUUUACAGAAGUGACAAUACUAUUCAUAGUAUGGUGACACUGUCGUCUUGCUGCUUUGAAUGUGGGACCGCUUUCUUCACGUAACUUCCGGUAUUGCUUAGCUGACGUCUUGCGCAACAAGCUGAUGUUCCGCAAUGUCGUGCGUGACAGCAGUUAGGACUCUAAAAUCAUUUUUGAGGCAUAUUUUGGUCUAAUUCCUUAAUGUAAAACCUCAACUUUAGACGUUCCACUGUACUGUGACAUAUUAAUAUUAUAGAACAUAAUUGUUUGUCUUAUUAGCACAUCGGCUUGACAACAACAUAUCUCAACAUUCGUGCGUUGUUGAAGGGAAUUGCAAUUUCACGAUUUGUCAUAUGUUACAUUGGCGGUGUUGUUCUGCAGCCCAGUUCUGACCGCGUCAUGAUGGAUGGUGUUGUUUUGCAGUCGGAGGUAACUGGAGGUUACGCUCACAUCUGUUCUCGGUAACUCAAUCACUUGGCCAGACUCAACAGUCCCUGCAACAGAGUUAAAACUUCACGUUUUCUCUAAACAUCCUCAGCUAUGUCCACCAUACCCCACGCCCCACCCUGCCACUUCACCAUUCUUUCACUUCUUGACGUGUUUCGUUGUGUGGGUCAUAAACAGACUCAUUACAACGCUCUCAGACACCACACACAACUCGCACACUUCCUUGGAAUAAGAGAGAGGAGUGGUGUUGGUGGGGAGGUGGGUGCUUCUGCCGUGAUAAUAAAGGACUUGUUGCUCGGGGUUACUCGAGGGCAACGGCCGUAACUCCUCUCCCCGUGUGUGUGUGUGUGUGUGUGUGUGUGUGUGUGUAAAAGGAAGAGAGAGAGAGAGACACACAAGGCUCAUGUGGCUGAAGUGUGCCUGUGUGUCCACUGCUCAACAUUGACAGGGAGCAGCAACCCAAAAGAACAGAAGAGGGCGGCCACUCAUCAGCAACUCUUUACUUUUACUAUUCACUGACAAGCCCUUCAACAUCAGUGGCAGGGGGUUGCAGGCAGGAAAUUCGCUACUAUCCAUGGGGCACAAAGGAUCGAACAUGGAACUGGAUGAGGAAUGUUUGAUGUCAGAUUGGGAGGCUGUGCUGGAGCUGGAUGAGGCCCUGGCGGGGUGGCUUCUGCAGGGUCCAGCAAGAGGGGAGUGGGGUUGGGAAUGGGGCUGGGCUGCCUCAGACCUCCAGGAACCUGAUUGGAACUCUGAGGAGAUCCCAGCAGUGCUGAGCCCCACGUACAAGCAGCGCAAUGAGGACUUCAGGAAACUCUUCAAACAGCUACCUGACACAGAGAGACUCAUUGUGGACUAUUCCUGUGCUCUGCAACGGGACAUCCUCCUACAGGGAAGACUCUACCUCUCCGAGAACUGGAUCUGUUUCUAUAGCAACAUCUUCCGUUGGGAAACACUGCUGACAGUGCGGCUAAAGGACAUUUGCUCAAUGACGAAAGAGAAGACUGCCCGCCUCAUUCCCAACGCCAUCCAGGUCUGCACUGACAAUGAGAAGCACUUUUUCACCUCUUUUGGAGCCAGAGACAGGACAUACAUGAUGAUGUUCAGACUUUGGCAGAAUGCGCUGCUUGACAAGCCGCUGUGUCCCAAAGAGCUGUGGCACUUUGUCCAUCAGUGCUACGGCAACGAGCUCGGCCUGACCAGUGAUGAUGAGGACUACGUUCCCCCUGAUGACGACUUCAACACCAUGGGGUUCAGCGAAGAGAUUCCGAAUGAGGAAAAUGAGAUGAACAAUGACAACUUGUCUAAAAGCAGUGCAGAAGCCAAGCCUGAGGGGAGUCCACCUCUUCUUCAUAAGAAGUUCGUCCCAAACAGCACCAUCGACCGCACGAGCAACCAUGACACACCCAUCACAAUUGCCAAUAAAGGACCCUUGUGUGUUGUUGUUGUUGUCCCCCCCCCACUCCAACAGUUUGACCUCCCAACAGAAGAUUUCACAGACUGCCAACCAGAUGGCGAGCUGCUAGCAGUGCCUCUGUUGGUGGAAGAGAAGAACAACGAAACCAGUGGAACUAGCGGCCCUGUCCCUUCGCCCUCCCUCGACUUCAACGACAACGAGGAUAUCCCCACAGAGCUCAGCGACUCUUCUGAGACACACGAUGAGGGUGAGGUUCAGGCCUUCCACGAGGAUCUGAACGGGAGGCAGCACAUCAAUGAGAUUUACAAGUUUAGCGUGGACAAGCUGUAUGACAUCCUCUUCACAGAGUCGCAGUUCAUGAGCGACUUCAUGGAGCAGCGGCGAUUCUCAGAUGUGGUUUACCACCCAUGGAAGAAGGAGGAGGCAGGGAACCAGACAAGGGAAAUCCUGUACACCAUCUCACUGUCCAACCCUCUUGCCCCCAAGACAGCCACAGUCACUGAGACACAGACGCUGUACAAGGCCAGUCAGGAGAGUGAGUGUUACAUCAUCGACGCUGAGGUCAUCACGCACGAUGUUCCCUACCACGACUACUUCUACACCCUCAACCGCUACAUGCUCACCCGGGUCGCCAAGAACAAGUGUCGCUUACGGGUAUCGACAGAGCUGCGCUUCAGAAAGCAGCCAUGGGGGCUGGUGAAAGGCUUCAUCGAGAAAAAUUUCUGGAGCGGGCUAGAGGAGAACUUUCGCCAACUUGAGGUGGAGCUAUCCAAGCUGGAGGAAAUCCUGACCGAGGCCCACCAGCUCUCACCAAAGGGGAAAGCGGUGAAGAACGCCACGGUGAGGCGGAAGAAGAGGCCGACCCCCCACAUGCGGAGCCAGCAUCUGGAUGAAGCGCUCAGUCCCGUCACCACGCCAACAGACGAGGAAGUGAUUCAGCGCAUCAAGCAAGUGGCGGGCUCCACACAGACCAGACAUCAGAGUCCGGAGCACCGUCGCCUGCCUGGAGGCUUGGCUCUGUACAGCGUCUCCAAACUGCUGCUCAUCAUCAGCUUUGUUCUGGUCCUGCUGGUGUUCCUCAAUAUGAUGCUCUUCUACAAGCUAUGGAUGCUGGAAUACUCUGCACAGUCUUUAACUACCUGGCAAGGUCUGCGGCUGCAUGAAAGUAAACUUCCUCAGACACAAAUGGAGUGGGCCCAGCUCCUGGAGGCGCAGCAGCGUUUCCAUGACGCCGAGCUGCAGAAGUGGCGGGAGAUAAUCAAGUCAUCUGUGGUACUACUCGACCAGAUGAAAGACUCUUUAUUGAACCUCCAGCGUGGUAUCGGAUUGAGGGACUACAGCUCGGAAAGUGAAGACAAGAGGACUCACUACCACUGACCCGCCGCCACAAACAAGGCCAAGAGGGCAUGCUGUGCAAUAUUGGACUGCUUUUUUUUUUUUUUUUUUCAUGAGUCUGUAUGCAGGGAGAUAAAGAGAAAGCAGGUCCAGGAACAGGAAGAGUGGGCCAAGGCAGGACGACGACGCAGACAGGAAUUAAGAAUAUGUCUCCUGCAGCACUGACUCCAUCCUACUGUAAGUCAUGUAUGUCAUCCUGGGGACCAGGCAGGGAGAAUGAGUUCACACUACUGCAUGCAUUCAGACAUCUUACAGCAACUCCUGUCAGUGUUCAUGUGGUUCCAGUUCCAGUCUGUGUGUAUCAAAAACAACUGGAAGAGGAGAGACAGGGUUCAUUUGGAGAGUUCCGAGUCUUUCUACUCUCUCGACUGUUCCACAUCGUCCCCCUAGAGGUCCUCGCUGCAGCGUCUCUUUUCAUGCCUCACCUUCUUGAAAAUCUGGUCUGAAUGGUCUUUGUCAGGGCUGGUUCCCUGUCAGGCAGCCAAAUAUGAAGACGACACAAUCUGCUUUGACAGUGUUUGUUUCUGCACAGUGUUAACGAACCUUUCCCAGUCAAUCUGAUGGUCGAAUGUAGAACUAGAAUGUAUGAUUCAAUUAGAAGACUUUCGAUAAGGGACACUGCAGCCAGACUAGUAGGGAGACGUCUUCUUACGUGUUUUAUUACUAAACUGUGACUAUAUCUCUUUAGAAGUGUUUCAAAUUAGAAAGAAUUCUAUGAAUAUAUUUGAGAUCUAUAAGAGUAUUUCAUUAUUUAAUAUAUAUAUAUUUCAAAAUAUAUGAGCAUUACCUAUAUUUAUUGUUAAUUUAUGUACAUAAGAAAAGAGAGCGCUAGAGCUGUUGAAGAAUUUCUAAAGAAAAAACUGUUUUCUUCUUUUAAAAAAAUGCAUGCCAGAUAUGUCUGUGACAUGUCCAGUGUGUAAGUACGAGUCUGCAUUUGUGCGAUUAUAUUCGCACUUGUGCGUGCGUGUGCGUGUGUAUGCGUGUGUAUAUGUGUCAAGUGUGACAUUUUUACCAUUCCACACGCGUUUUUUUUUUUGUUUGUUUGUUUUGGUUUUUUUUUUUAAUUAGUUUUCCGUUCCUGGUUCCUGUAACCAGACUGCCUUUAAAAUAAAUUAGCCCCAACCAAACUAGAGUUUACAAUCAAAACCAAAUGUUUGGAAAUCCAAUCCACUUGCUGUAAACCAGUGGUGUUUUUCUAUGAAAAAGUAGCUGAUUUGGCACAAAUCAUUUAGGUAGGCCUAACAGCUGUGUACUCAACCACACAGAUGACAUAUUCAGUAUAAAACUACUCAAAUGUAAUAAAGUUUGAAUGGUCACAAUGUCCUUGUCCAGCCACUUAUUGCUAAGUAGAAUUCCUACCUACCACAAAUGAUUGUUCCCUAAAGCCCAAUAAUAAAUCUGGCAUGUGCUGCUCAUGUUCAUUAUGAUGUUUCCUUCAUAACUUGGGGCAGAGAACAUUUCUCCCAAAAAAGGACAUGGAGAGUUAGCAGUGGCCCAGUUAAAGCCCGACACACACAGGACAUUACUCCAAAAACAGCACUUUAAAGACGAUGACUGGACUUUAUUUAUACAGUCAUAUAGAAAGUGAACACACCCAUGUUAAGAUUUUAGAAGAGUUGUGCAGAAUCAUUACAAUGUACUGUAUAUUUGACGGAAUAUUAGAGCCACACUGAAAAGGAAAAAAAAAUUAUGAUGAGGAAAAACUAAACAUUAUGGAAGCAUAAAGUUGUAAUAGUCUUAGAUGAAACUCAAAAUUAUAUCAGAGUAAAGUCAUAAAAUUACAAAAACCUAAAUAUUUUAUGCAAAUAACAUGUAAGUGUAAAAAUAGGAAAAACUCAUUAUUUUACAGGAAAAGUUUUAAUAUUGAGGGAAUAAAGUUGGACUAUUACAAGAAAACAACUCGAGGUUUUGUUACAAUAAAGUUUUAAUGUUGUGAGAUAAGAGAAUGAAGUCAUAAUACCCAUCCAUCCAUCCAUUAUCUGAGCCGCCUAUCCUCACAAGGGUUGCGGCAGCGCUGGAGCCUAUCCCAGCUAUCAUCGGGCAGGAGGCGGGGUACACCCUGAACUGGUUGCCAGCCAAUCGCAGGGCACAUACAAACAAACAACCCUUCUCACUCACAUUCACGCCUACGGGCAAUUUAGAGUUCUCAAUUAACCUACCACGCAUGUUUUUGGGAUGUGGGAGGAAACCGGAGUGCCCGGAGAAAACCCACGCAGGCACAGGGAGAACAUGCAAACUCCACACAGGCGGGGCCGGGGAUUGAACCCCGGUCCUCAGAACUGUGAGGCUGACGCUCUAACCAGUCGUCCACCGUGCCGCCUGAAGUAAAAAUAAGGACAAAGUUGUACAUUUUCUCUGAGAGAGAAGUUAUAAUUUUACUAGAAUCAAAUUGUAACAUUACAAGAAUAAUGUCAAAAGUGUGAGAGAAUCAAAUCAUAAUGAGGACUCAAAAUUAUAUCAGAGAAACGUAAUCAUUUUAUCAAAAAAGUAAAUAUUUCAUGCAAGCACAAUUCACAAGGAUAAAGUCAUAAUAUUCGAGUACAAGAAAAAAAAAGGAAUUUAAAAAAAUGCAGGGAUAAAGCCCUAAUAUUCUGAGCAUAAAAAUGAUAAAAUGACUUGAGGAGCUUGUCCUAUAUUUAUAUUAAGUUUUAUAGGUUUUACAAACAAUUGUGCUGUUUGGUGUGAAAUUUUGUAUUCGCUUGUUAAAAUUAUGGCUAUAAUUAUGGCUUUCUUUGUCCUUGUAAUAGUAAGGCUUUAUUCUUUUUUCUUAGUUUUCUCUUAAUUUUAAUGUUGUUUUUUUUUCUUUUAAGAAUGGCUCUAACACUCCUUUGUAGUGUUAAAUCCCAAAAAGUAUUGAGCUUUUUUUACAAUCUGCUGGGGCGCUGCCACACUCUCCCCAAAUGCAAAAUGGCCGCCAAAGGCAAUGUCACAAGUCACUUAACAUCCCAAGAUGUCACACUCUUCUUUAAAGUGCACCAAUUUGAAUGACUCCAACCAUUUUUUUCAAGUGUUUGUCUGGGAUGCAACGAAAGCAUGAGAAUGAACGUAACCUUAAGAAAGAAUUCUAGAAAUUGUCCUGUUGUAUGUUCAAUGAGAUAUUAUUGUAUGUGUAGUAGAUUGGCCUCGAGAGCAUGACUAGAAGAGAAAACCUUUUAGCUGAUGAACUUCAGCCCUAACCGAAAGCACUUCCAAACAUACAAACUUCCUUGUGUUAAACUCAUUUCACUAAAGAAAAUAAGAGAAGCACUUUAUUCCAGCUUUGACGUCAUCUUCCAAACAUUUAUUUGCAUUUUUGGUCUUGAUGAGAAUUAUUUUGGCCCCCAAAACGUGUAUUUGUGUAUUCUUCUAUGUAUGUGUUCUCUGUGCUUGUGAUGUAUAGGAAGGAAACGGAAUCUUAACUGUGUAUGAUUUAAACGGAUGAACUCCUGCUGUGUGGGGGCUCCCUUGAAGUUUCUUUUUGCUACGUGUUACACCGCUACAUGUUUUAAUAUAAAUAUAUUCGAGAGAGAAUGCGAAACCACAAUGUCAAACUUGAUGGCACUAAAGGGUUACAAAGAGAAUCUAUGCUUCAUUUAUAUGAUGGUACAGAAUGUCAUGAAAAAUGUGAAAUGGAGAACUAUUUUUACCUUUUUAGAUGAUUUUUGUUUCAGAAACACUCAACUGAUCAAGCUGGAUAGCGAGUAUAACUCGGUGUAUUUCAAGGACAGAUUUGAUUUCAUGACUCUAUUCAACUACUCUUUUCUAUUUAUUUUUUACAACAAGUCUCAUUUAGAUUAGUCCAGCCAUACUAUUGAUUAGUAUAGGCUACUGUAUCUGCAUUGUAUUAAAGAUUGUGUUGUCAGUGCAGUGGAA